UAUUGUUUCGACCCCGUCAGAGCGCUCAGAUGGAUUUAAAGUUUUUACAAAUGCUCUGCAGCAUAGCAGUAAGUAAUUACUCUAUAAUAAUGCGCGUUAAAAAGGCACCAGUGCUGGAAUGAAAGUAGAAUGAUUGCACUGCUGUUAUGUAUAAAUGAUAAAGUAAAGCGUAUCCACACACGAGUAAUAGAAAGAUUUAUUCUGCAUUUAUUUAUUUCAGGUAAUUAGUCUCAUCACAUCACACAGUGAGCAAACCAGUAUGAAAAACUCCAGCUGAAACAGCAGAGAUAUAAGUAACAUGAUAUCAUAAACAUGGAGUUAAUUAGAGAAAUAAGUGAAUCCAGGCAUUAAAGAGGUCUAGCUCCUGUCACAUCACAUUCUCCAUGAAGCAGUACUGAAAAGAUGGAGUUCAUUAAAGAGGAGAGAGAAGACACCAGUGAUCCAGAAGAAUACAAAACCAAGGAGGCGGAGCCCCAAACAGCCAGCAAAAAAGAGGAAGACUUCCCCUGUAUGGGAAUACUUUGAUCAGAUUUCUUUUAAUAAGGUGAAGUGUAUGUUGUGCUCUAAGGUACUGGGGUACAAUAAUAACACUUCCUCUAUGAUAAGGCAUUACCGUGCAUUGCAUGAGAACAAGGAGGGAAAUGAAUGUGGGCACAGCCAAGCCGCCAGAAAACAAGAGCUGGAUGAGGCCCUGGUCACGAUGAUUGUGAAGGACACGCAGCCGUUUAGUAUUGUAGAGGAUGUGGGAUUUAGGGACUUUGUUCAGAAACUAGACCCGAGCUAUGUUCUUCCCACAAGGCGGGCUGUAAAGGCCAUGGUGGAGGCGAAAUAUGCCGAGUCCAAGGAGAAGGCCAAAGCGGAAGUGAAGAAGGUGUCCGCAGUGAGCCUGACGUCUGACAUGUGGACGUCUAUCAACACGGAUGCCUGUCUGGCUGUAGCUUGCCACUACGUGGACAGCAACACCUGUCUCAACUCAGUUUUGUUAGGAGUGCUCACAUUUCCCCAGACACACACUGCUGAAGAUUUAGCUCAGGUGAAAGCCUCCCUCAUGGAGGAGUGGGGGAUAACCCACAGUGUAACCUGCCUGGUUACAGAUGGAGCUGCUGAUAUGAUCGCCUGCGGAAGGGAACUGAGGCUCCGGCACACGGUCUGCAUUGCACACACUCUGAACCUGAUCGUUAAAAAGGCUCUUGAGCAGACCUCGGCGCUCGCUGAUAUUCGGGCCAAGGCGAGGAAGCUCGUGGGAUUCUUCAGAAGCAGCACCACUGCUAAGGAAAAGCUUGCUCAGCUGCAGCAGCAGAUGGGAAGGCCUACGCUGAAGCUCGUUCAGGAGGCGGAGGCCCGCUGGAACAGCACCUUUGAGAUGCUGCGCCGUCUGGUGGAGCUCAGAGAGCCGGUGGGGGCAGCUUUGGCCAGUCUGGCCACCGAGAUACCCCCACUGAGCUCGGAUGAAUUCUCCUCCGUGAGCGCGUGCCUUGCGCUGCUCUCUGGCUUCAAUGACGCCACUGCGGAGCUGUCAGAAGAAAAGAGGGUUUCUGGCUCUAAGGUACUGCCACUGCUUAAAAUGCUAGAUGAAAAUCUGCAGGAGGAGAUGACGGAUGUGGCAUCUCCGGUGGCAAGACAAAUGGGAGAGCAUCUGAAAAGACAGUUAAGGGAGAAGCUCAACACCUUGCAGUCUAUGAGCAUCAUGUCACUCUCGACAAUGCUGGACCCUAGGUUCAAAGCCAUGGGAUUUUUAAGUCCUACAAAAGCCAGCGAGGCCAUAAAAAGGCUCACAUCAGAGUGUGCUGCCAUAGUUCCCACGCCUUCAGCAUCACGGGGGGCCGGACUUGUAACCCCAGGUAACAAACUGUGGCGUCACCUGGAUGACAGAGUGAUGGAGUCCAGAAGAAGGCACAGCGUUACAGCAGACGCUGCUGUGGAAGUCCAGCGGUACCUUGCCGAACCAAAUAUUGGGCGAUCGGAGGACCCCCUUCAGUACUGGGAGAGACAGAAGCUUAUAUAUCCUCAUCUGUAUAGGCUUGCUGUCAAGUAUUUAUGUACCCCGGCUUCAUCUGUGCCUUGCGAAAGGGUGUUUUCAAAGGCGGGAGAAGUUGUGUCAAAAAAAAGAACUCGCCUCAGCCCUAAAACACUAGAGAAAUUAAUGUUUCUGAAUAAAAAUGUCUGACGUAUUCCCUCUUCAUCAUUUUCCUUGAUAAAGUCAUCAGAGAACAUGACAAGGUUUAUUAGGACGAACUCUAAAAUUAAAUUUCACAUGGUUGAAACAAAUACUUUAAAAACAUUUAAACAAUAAUGAAUGUCUGUGCAUUUUGUAAUUUUCUAAUGAACAUUUUCCAGUUAUCAGUUCUAACUGUAGUGGUGUGUUUAUCGUAUUUAUCUUGUCUGUUACAAUGGAAUAUUUAUUCAUUUGCUUUGUCAGACUCGUAACUGUUGAACACGACUGUACUGAAGUCAAAACACCCCGUAAGCUGGGUAUCGCAUCCAUACAGUGUUUUCUAGUAAAGCGUUUAUUAAAAGUAAAUAUUAACAUCAAAUCUACUGAAACAUAUUAAGCUGUAGAUGCACAAAUACACCAAUGAAAAUACAUUUAUUGCAAAGUUUUGUUUUGUAUAUAUCGUGUAAAUGUAAAUGUGUGUGUGUUUGCUUUUGUACAUGAAUUAUGCUGAAUUAUUGAACUUGCCUUUCUUUUACAACUGGAAGAGAAUUUCAUCUGCGCUAGGUUGUAUCCACACUACAUUCUUGCUGUGCUUGCAUUGUGGGGGAAAAUGUGAGAAGGUAGAAUCCAUGCUUGACAAGCUCCCUUCUCAACAUCGCCACACUACAAUAUUUACACAGAAAUAUAGAAGUGCACUGACAAACUCUUAAGAUCUGUUUCCCAGCUUCUCUUACGGAGAGCCCGUGAUCUCUUACAGGGUCAGUUAGUGUAACUGCUUUCAUUUGAAGUGUGUGUGUGUAUCUCUCCUUCCACCCCGCUGUCCACUUCUUCUCUGUCCAUGUCUUGUUACAGUUUCUCCUCGUGCUCUUUACACUACACCAGUGGCCUCCACUCUACUUAUCAACACUUUACAUAUUUUUUUAUUGCUCUUUGUAUAUUUUUCCCUUUUUAGGCAAUUGAGAUAAAUGUGUAAAUAAUUAGGAAAACUGCAUUUCCUUUGUUGUCUGUUUUUAAGUGAGCAGUUAUUAAUUUGUGAUAUUUGAUGAUAUAGUUUUGUUUGUUGUGUUUGCACAAAUGGUACGUCAAUGUUUGUGAUUUGUAUAAAACCAAUAAAAGGAGCUACAACUGUU